UCAAUUUAUAAGGUCAACAUGAUUUUUGGUUUGACAGAAAUUAUACAAAUGGGCUCGCAGACAUCCACCAAUUUGAAUUCCAAGAGGGCAACGCCUAGAACAAUUAGCUUCAAGAAAACUGAUUUAAGCAAAACUGGAAUAUCUGAUGGGAUGGAAAAAGUGCUUUUUGAAGAAUCUAUAAGCAGCAAGAAAAGGAAACUAGGUGAUCAGCUAAAUAUUGGGACAAAUGUUUCAAGGAAAACUGCAGAGGGAAAAACUGAAAUUUUCAUUGAAAAGUUAAAGCCAGAAGAUUGGGUUUCUCCACGGUCUCCAAUUGAGCUUGAUGCAGCUGCAAGCAAGGUGCAGAAAGUUUACAAGAGUUACAGGACUAGACGAAACCUUGCAGAUUGCGCUGUUGUUGUUGAGGAGCUAUGGUGGCAGGCAUUGGACUUUGCUGCUCUUAGCAGGAGCUCCGUGUCGUUUUUUGAAUCUGUUAAAUCAGAAACUGCAGUUUCAAGAUGGGCAAGGGCUAGGACUAGGGCUGCCAAGGUUGGGAAGGGUUUGUCCAUGGACGAGAAGACUCCGAAAUUAGCUCUAAUACAUUGGCUUGAGGCUAUUGAUCCUCGCCAUCGGUAUGGACAAAAUCUGCACUUGUACCAUGAUGUUUGGUUUAAUAGUGGGAGCUUUCAGCCUUUCUUCUACUGGUUGGAUGUUGGUGAUGGUAAAGAAGUAAACCUUGACAAGUGCCCAAGAACUGAUCUGCAGUCUCAAUGCAUCAAAUACCUUGGACCAAAAGAGAGGGAAGCUUAUGAAGUGAUUGUGGAGAGUAGGAAGCUUGUGUACAGACAAAGUGGGAAACUUGUGAAUACUCGUGAGGGUUCUAAGUGGAUCUUUGUCCUCAGCACAUCAAGGAAUCUGUAUGUUGGGGAGAAGAAGAAAGGCUUUUUCCAGCACUCUACUUUUCUUGCUGGAGGGGCCACCAUUGCAGCAGGGAGAAUUGUAGCCUCUAAUGGGCUUCCUGAGGCUGUAUGGCCUUACAGCGGUCAUUACUGCCCGACAAAAGAGAAUUUUAUGGAAUUCAUCAGCUUUUUAGAGGAGCAUCAGGUGGACUUGGCUGAUGUCAAAACAUACCCUAUCGAUGAUGAUGUUCCACCAUCAUAUGCUAUACCAAGAAUGAUCAUGUGAAGUCAAAGUCUAUAUCAAGCACCCUUGAAGAUAUCCCCAUCUGCUAAUGUGUUUACAUUAUUAGUGUAUAUACUCAAAUGUUUAAGUUAGCUAAGUUCCUAUAUAUAUUUGACAUGUAAUCUGUAUAUCUCACAUAUUCCACUAUCGUAUUA